AUGUCAGAUAGUCAAAACGAACUAAGACGACAAGAAAUUAAAUCUAAUCUCGAAAAGGUUAGGCAACGCAUGGAAGUUGCCUUGGAAGGGAGAAGUCAGGCCAGACUUGUAGCCGUUAGUAAGCUGAAACCAAUCUUUGAUAUUCUUUGCGCGUAUGAGGCUGGUCAACGCCAUUUUGGUGAGAAUUAUGUUCAAGAAUUGAUUGAAAAAAGCAAAGAGGUAUUUUUCGUAUUAGUCUCUUCUGAUGAGGUUGAAUUGAUAUUCAUUCGUUUGAAUGCUGUUGUCUUUAAUAAACGUAUUUUCUUUCAUUCAUCAUCAAAAAAGCUUCCUCUUGAUAUUAAAUGGCAUUUUAUAGGCGCUCUACAGACUAACAAAUGUAAAAUGUUAGCUGCGAUACCAAACUUAUGGGUAGUUGAAACCAUCAGUAAUGUAAAAAAUGCAGAAGCCAUGAACAAGGCAUGCGUAUCUCGCGAAUCGCCACUAAAAGUAUUUGUGCAGGUGAACGUCAGCGGGGAGGAAAGUAAAAGUGGAGUUCCUCCUGAUGAAUGUAUACCACUUGUCAAAUACAUCCGUGAAAACUGCGAAUAUUUAGAAUUUUCCGGUGUAAUGACAAUUGGCGCAAUUGGACAUGACACUUCUAAAUUGAAAAAUAUUCACCAACAAAUCAUAGAAGAAUUCUCCAUUAACACUGACAUCACUCCUUUGGAAAUAAGUAUGGGCAUGUCGGGGGAUUUUGAGGAAGCGCUAAGACUCGGAUCUACUAAUAUUCGAGUUGGAAGCACUAUUUUUGGUGAACGAAUUAGAAUGUAUUUUGAUUGA